AGUACUGUACAGCUGGUAGAGAAAUGACUGCGCCGUCGAUGGAAGGAGCCGAUGUCCAUAGGAUGGAGCAGAAAAAGUUGGAGUAUUUCUCAUCCAUCAACUCCAUGGCCAGGAAAAUAAUGCAAGAAAGGGAGAACAUCAAGGAGAGACAUGGAUCCGAUUGGGAGAAAAUGACACCGAAUGAACAAGACAGCGCAAUCGACAAUGGAAUGAUGGACCCCCAUAUUAGUGCUCGAUAUGCUAUGCAUAGGGUUGACCGAGAAGAAGUCAUUUGUUAUCCUAAGUUACUCAUUCAGACAGGACAGAAAAUAGUCCAUUUUGGUGACGAGGACAUAACUUGGCAAGAUGAGCACUCUUCCCCAUUCUCCUGGGAGACCAAGAGCCAGUUGGACUUCAACCUGACAACAGGUGAAUCGGUGCAGGGCAUCUCCUCUUCGACAGCUGAUUACAAGCCAAGCAAAGUCACCCAGUGCAGCCAGGUAGGCAAGAUGACCCAGAGCAGCAAGGUGUCCAAUGGCGAGAGCCUUGGCAGGAAAGAGGAGUCCUCCUCCUUCUGGAAGAUCAGUGCUGAAAGAUCCAGGCUGGAGGGUGAACAGGCAGACUUCCACUCCCUAACCCCCAGCCAAAUCAAGUCCCUGGAGAAGGGGGAGAAGCCACUGCCCUCUUAUCUCCGUCAGGAGCCCACCCCCAAGGAGACAGAGGAGACUCCACCUCGAGUAACCAAGCAGCGAGCCACCAGGCCGCCUGCGCCUCCUCCACCUGUACCCAUCAGUGUGCCCCCCCUAACAGCCAUAAGUGUGACCCCUAUGAGCGUGACCCCUACCCCUGCUCCUAUCAGUGUGUCAUCCACAGUGGCUGGCUGGGAGCGUGCUCAGAGCACCCUCCCCUCAGUCAGCAACACAGUGGAGGAAGUCUUCACUUCAGGGCUGGCCAACAAAUCCCCGGGGCUGCCCACCAAGUCCCCUGCCCGCUCAGGCAACACUGCCAGAGACCGAGAGGAAAAGGCUGCUGCUCAGACUGAGUCGCAACUGGCAACCAGUCCCACCUUCGCUCAGUUUAAUACCAGCAGUAACCUCCUGAAGACCGGAUUUGACUUUCUUGACAACUGGUAACAGCAGCUUCAAGCACCACAACUUGAGUGACUGGAUCAACUCAACACUAGAAGGACCCUUGUGAUCACCAUUUUAUGGAAAGCCAACUAUUGAACUGACCAUGUCUAUUUAUCUUAAAGUGGCUUGUUAUGGCAUAUCAGAAGGACCCUUGUGAUCACCAUUUUAUGGAAAGCCAACUAUUGAACUGACCAUGUCUAUUUAUCUUAAAGUGGCUUGUUAUGGCAUAUCUCACUACAUGCGUGCUUUUGUUUCCCCACUGCCAGAACCCCCACCUUUCAACUGUUUCUCUACCUUUAUUACUCAGACCUUGUAUUAGUGCUAAGCAUUACAGUAGUGUACACUAAUGAGAAGCACUCAAAUUGGUAUGUUUAGGUAAGCCAGCAUGUUAAGUGAUUUAUACCACUUGCAAUGUAGAUCUACAACCAUUUUACAAUACUAGAGAGUACUAUUUUACUGAAUUUUGUAUGUAAACUAUAUUCAUUGUAUCAUAAUAUGCUAUAUUGCACUCAUGCAUUUUGAAAACACAGAUUCAAAGCAAAUAAAUUAAAUGGAACCAGG